GGCUUCGCUUCAUCUGCGAGGUAAGUUUCUCUCCGAUCGUAAGAGGAGAAGGGCAGAGAGAACAAAAAUCUUGGAGAGUAGAACUCAUGGACUUUGUAAGUUAGUAUGCUUUUCUUUCUCCGUGAAGUCAUUGUAUUCAUGUAGGUAAAAUGUCUUUUGAAUUGUUGGUUCAUGUCAUGAGGAAAGCAUGCCGGAGAUAAAAUUGAGAGGAAAAAAAUGUAGAACUUGCUAGCUUUAUGAAUGAGAAUUGUCAAGAAACAUGUACAACAGCUUAAUAUUUGUUUUCUACAGGAUGUCAUUCCCAGACGAAUAUCUGCUAUUUCGCGCAGAAGGGAAGAUUUGGAAUGGACCUGACGGGGCGCAAGUGAGUCCCGAUUGCCCGUUUGUGGUCAAGCAGGUGGCGGAGCUGAAGAACAAAUCGUUCGAACAAGUGCGGCGCGCGAUCCUGAAGAAUUUUCAGUUGAACGAAGCAACACAUGAACUCACUUUGCAGCACAUCCUGUAUGUGAGGACCGAUCCUUCCGCUCCUCCAUACAAUGUGCUGAUUGACAUAGUAGGCGAGGAAUCAUGGAGGGCAUUUUUCAAGGUGGCAUGCCGCCAUGUCCGCUCCUUCAAGCUCUUCGCCAAAUGGACUGUCAAGAAGACAAGCUCUGCCUCCAAUGCGACUGACAGCAAUAUCACAACAGUUAUUGACGAAGAUACCGCCAUAACAGAUGACUCUGACGACGGUGGUUGGCCGGCUUGCAAGCACGAUAAACCAUGCACCAUUGAAACUUCAUGGGACCGACAUGACCCGGGGCGAAGGUUCUACCGCUGCCCCUUCUUCGCUAAUCCUAAAGAAGACUGCAAAUUCACCAAAUGGUUGGACAAGAAGUUUCCUGAGAAGGCAAACGAACUCAUAAACAAAUACCAGGACACGGUUGAUUCACUCCAACAACAAGUCGACAACCUCAAGUGUGAGCUUGAGGAACUCCGUCGCCGUCAUCGGAAAAGAUCCGCAGAAGAAGUUGUUGUCAGUCAUGGAGACAAGUGCCCCUGUGGCAAGAGCCUGUGCGACCUAACUUGUCGCGGCCGGGAGAAACAGACACGCUCAGGCCAAAUUUGAAAUAUUGAAGAAAAAUAGGGAAAAAAGGAAAAUGACAUGAAAAUUUGAAAAACCUGGAGCAUUAUGAAAGUGUUAUUGAAAAUCUAAUAGUAGUAAACGAUGGGGAAGAAAAGUAAAAAAGAAACCUUUGAAUCUAUGUAAACCCAUAGUCCAAAUAUUUGUGGAAGCUGUUUGGUCUUAAAAUGUAAAUAUUAUUUACUUGUAUUUUU